AUGACGCUAUCCUUCAAGACUUCUUCACCAUCUUCGAGUCGAUCAACACCAAAAUCAAUCGCCGGAGGAGACGAUUCUCACUUCUUCCACCACAGCAACAAGUCGACUUACAGAGCACACACCACCACACUCUUCCUCAUCCUCCUCUCUCUCUCCUUCUUCGGUUUCUUCUCUCUCUACUCUUCUCCAAACGUCAUUUACCGCGCUGCUCUCUUCGCCACGACACGCCCGGCUAAAUCCGGAAUCGUCAGUUACGUGAUCAACGCUCAGGAUUCGAGCAAUCGUCGAUCCAACGGUCCUCGUCGGAUCAGAGCCGAAGGUGUUCUCUGGCCAGGAUGGGAGAUUCUGGUGAUCGUUUCACCGGAGGAGAAGGUUAUGCCGCCGCUUCCGGGGGAGAAUUACACUUGUUUUUACCCAAACGGCGAGAAAUCCGCGGCGAGGUUCGCCGCUGUUCUCCCUUUCACGAAUCGCUCGGCAUUCCGAUGUGGUCUUCCCGGAAUAUACCGCCACCACCAUCCGAUUCCGACUCCGGUCUUCGCCUCCUCGAUGUCAUUCCCAAUUUCGCCGGAGACACGGUGGCCUGAUCUCCCUCUAUGGAACUUCGUCGUUUUCGAAGCCAUUUCCACUGAAAACGACGUCGUUCUUUUUGUCAAGGGGCCAAAUCGCGGAUUGGGAUCAAACAGACCGCCGGAGUCGUUUCUGUGCGUUUUCGGAGACGAAUCCGAUUCCGCCAUCAAAACCCCCGUGACGAGCUCUGUACAAGAGGUGUUCCGAUGCCCAUUCCCGAACGUAACAAUCGACACGCCGGUCAAAAUCUACCUCGAGGCGGUAGUAACCGGUAAAGAUACGGCGAAGACCGUCCCGUCCGUGGCGUAUUACACUCCAAAGCGCAGAUUAGCAAAACCAAGUGAGAAAUCGCUAUUAUGCGCGACGACGAUGGUGUUCAAUGUAGCCAAGUAUCUGAGAGAGUGGGUGAUGUAUCACUCGACGAUCGGAAUACGGAGAUUCAUCAUAUACGACAACGGUAGCGACGACGAGCUAAACGACGUCGUUGAGGUGCUCAAGAGCGAAGGAUAUGACGUCAUAAAAGUAUUGUGGAUCUGGCCCAAAACGCAGGAGGCUGGAUUCUCCCACGCGGCGGUGUACGGGAACGAUUCGUGCACUUGGAUGAUGUACCUCGACGUAGACGAGUUUCUCUUCUCUCCGGCUUGGGAUAACCGAUCUAAACCGUCGGAUCAAAUGAUCAGGUCUCUUCUACCGUCGGAUCAGAAGAGUAUGAUAGGACAGGUGUCGUUUAAAUCGUACGAGUUCGGGCCUUCGAAUCAGACGGAGCAUCCACGUGGCGGUGUGACGCAAGGGUACACGUGUCGUCGAGUGGAGGAGCAGCGGCACAAGUCGAUCGUGCGGCUGAGCGCGGUGGAGCAUUCGCUUUACACGGCGAUCCAUCAUUUUGGUCUGAAGGGAGAGUAUGAGUGGCGAGUGGCUGACGUGGAGGAAGGGGUGGUGAACCAUUAUAAGUACCAAGCUUGGCGGGAGUUCAAAGCCAAGUUUAAACGACGCGUGUCUGCUUACGUGGUGGAUUGGACUAGAGUUUCGAAUCCUAAAUCGAGAGAUCGGACUCCUGGGCUGGGGUUUAGGCCCAUUGAACCGGAAGGAUGGGCCCAGAAGUUUUGUGAAAUCACGGAUUUGAGAUUGAAGAGGUUAACUAGGAAAUGGUUUGGAUAUCCAGGAAAAAACGGGUAUAGAAUGGUGUGGCAAAGAUGA